AUGUGCUUCUACCACGCCUACACUCACCAAUGCGGACAUACGCAGAUAGUAUUCCAACAGCUAUGUCCCAAAGGCCAAAUGAUCCAACAAAAAUGCAAACGCGGACACGACGGCGUAAUCAUGGCCACAGUCAAGGUGGAAACAUCCUGUGAGAUGUGCCUGGCAAAG